AUGUUUCGUUUUGUUCCCGAAUGCACUCAGCCAACAGCGGGAGAUAUUAAGGAAUUCGUGGAUGUCUUAAAAACUAUCAAACAUUUAGUGGUAAUGACCGGUGCAGGAAUUUCCACCGAAUCUGGUAUUCCGGAUUAUCGUUCACCAAAAGUUGGUCAAUAUGCACGUACUGAUCAUCGCCCUGUGCUACAUAAUGAUUUUAUGAAAUCGUUAGCUGUUCGAAGGCGUUAUUGGACUCGAAAUUACGUUGCAUGGCCACGUUUUUCCGCUUCACAACCUAACGAAACACAUAAAACGAUCGCGAAUUGGGAGAAAAGUGAACGAUUUAAGUGGCUUAUCACGCAAAACGUAGAUGGAUUACAUACAGCAGCUGGAUCGAAAAUGCUAAGUGAAUUACAUGGUUGUAAUCGACGUGUUAUUUGCAUGAAUUGCCAUUCGUUAUACAAUCGGCAAAUGAUACAGGAGUGGAUUCAGAAAGAAAAUCCGAAUUGGUUUGUGGAAGAGAUUGGAGAAUUGGCACCGGAUGGUGAUUGCGAUAUUCCGGAUAAAGCUGUUGACAAUUUCAAUCUUCCAACAUGCCCAAAAUGUGGUCCCAAAUCAAUCCUAAAGACGGAUGUUGUCUUUUUUGGUGGAUUCAUUGAUCCGAAAAUUCAUGAUAAAUGUUAUGACAUGGUGGAAAGUUGUGAUGGUAUGCUGGUGCUUGGUUCUUCGCUCACUGUUCUUUCCGGUUAUCGUUACGUUCAACAAGCAUAUCAGCGGUCUGUGCCAAUUUUAAUUGUUAAUAUUGGUUCAACUGCUGCCGAUGAUUUAGCUACCGUUAAGAUAUCUGGCAAAUGUUCAGAUAUGUUAAAACAUGUUCCAAAUUUAUAA